AUGACGGUUAAUGACGAAGUUGAUCAUCAGCUUCGUUUACAAGCAUUGCGAAUCAAAGACGAGUUCAUGCCGCAAGCCCAUCGAUACAACCUCCGACGCGCCACCACCGACGCGCCACAAGCUAUGCCCCAGAUCCUCAAUCAGUUUGAUCGUGUUUCGUCCGUGCACGAGCCCCACCCGGCCAAUCACGCCGCUCGCCUCAUCUACUUGGGGGCUGUGCGAUUGUGGGCCCCCAAGUAG